AUGUCUGCGAUGGCACCCACUGCAUGCGUCUUCCGACAAAAUAUGAAAGUGAGUGAUACUGUUGUACAGCAUUUUAUCGUCCGCCGCAAGCGAUUGCCCUUUAAAUUUUCAUUUGAAAAUGAAUGUGCUUGUUUUUGCUUUUUUAGUGUACCUGGCAAGGGAGCGAUCGAAGUCUCGGAGGGUGCGGUCGCCAACAAGACGUCAGUUAUAAUUAAUUGGAAAUCGCCGAUGGCCAUUAACGACAAUCACCCACCUCCUUCCAGCCUGCCGUUCGUCCAGCGUUUAUUCAAGGGGUUAUUUUUUUUUCAAGAAGCCUCCAUUGUACUUUAUCAUCCUAACUUUAUUUUUGAAUAUAAAGAACAUCUCCAACUGACUCCUAGUCAUUUUUUGCCUUUAAUUUUGGGGAAGACAAUGCGUAUUUUAAGAUUCCAGUCAAUAGCUUUGGCGAAAUGCGUAAGUAUGAAGUUUUAUUCGACCAAUGGAAGGUGAAGUUGUUGGGUGGUUUUCGUGUUUGGAUGUGCCUUGUGCGACAUAGUUUCAGAUCGCCUUUGGUUAAGUAGGGGUGACUGGGAGGACUCGACUGCCAACUUGCUUGCAGACCUCCGACCUUGGCCAUGACUUUCGCGCUGAAUGCGGGUUACUGUGAAAUAAAUCGCGCACCAAUCACCUCGCCUGCUCUCAUCUUGCGGUGCAGCACACGGUGGACAUGUUCCAUCACGACGAUCGAACUGUCAUGCCACAACGAAUUAAUAUUUACACAAAUCGCACAUUGAAACAGGCAGCCAGUAGAUUACAAACAUGUGUUUAUUUGCCGUACUUACAAAACAGGAACUAGCCAAAAGCUCCGACACGCGUGGUUCGCCGAUCUUGUACCGCUGCCUGUCUAAGGUCUUAUCUUGCUCUGCCAUAUGGCGACGUAAGUGCGCGCGGUUAUUAAAGAAUAAGCAAAAGGCGAUGUUCAAAAAUAAACAAAAUUUGAAUUAACCACCGCCGAUAGGUUUUCAUUCACUGGGGAAUUCAGGAAAUGUUAACGGUAGGGCUUAGGACCUCAUGUAGCUUUCGUAGUUGGGACCUACAUCCUACCUCCGCCCUCCAUCAGUAAUAAAACAGUUCCGCUUGGAUCUAUAACGUCGUGCAAAGAGUCCUCGUAUGGAAUCUUGCCGACCGGCGAGCCAAGUUAGUCUCCUCGGACGAAGAGUCAGGCCAAAUUGAUUCCUCCACAUAGUGGUAUUCAUAGAACUCUUACGUACAUGAGAUCCGUCCACAUGGGGAAUGUUAAGGCACGCCUAGGCGCAGACGUCAAGUCGCGCCAAUCAUUCAGUCCAGUACUAUCAAACAGUUGCCUGACAGCCUUGCGCAGUCGACUGGUUCUCGGAUGAUGAGAGAGAGAGAUUGUGACUCAAAUUGUGGAAUUCUUUCUCAAAUCCCAUCAACGUUUGAAUCUAUCGCGAUAUGCCAAGAGUCGUUGCAUGGAGAGUUACCAAAUGGCAGGAUAAUUCGGCCCUCCCCCCACGACCGAUAGUAAGGCUUCAAUGGCUUUUUCCUAUUACGGUUUUGGGGCCACUAUCGCAUAAGCGAGAUCGAAGCUGUCCUCUUUGCCGGGAAUAAGCCAUGGUUGGCACGCGUAGAUGAGCUGUUUAGCCACUGCGCCCGAACCGAUCUCCGACUGUCCUGACUCUGUUUAUCCACCAACCUCGGAUAGGUAGAGGAGGAGGAGGAGGAGGAGGAGGAGGAGGAGGAGGAGGAGGAGGAGAGAGGAUAUCAGACGCCUUCUCAUCCAGAAUGCAUUCAGCAUGCAGACCAAAAGACAGAGUAG